CGUCAACGUCAGCGUCAACGCACCACCAAUCAACGGUCCUUCCACCAAAUGCAACUCCUACUUGGGAUUUGUCAUCAUCCUCUGCAAGAAUUCGUCUUUCUCCUCUCGCGCAGCUUCUUCCUUUCCUUCUUCCUUCUCCAUCCGUCGUCACGCUUCAAGCUGCCGGAGAUGAAUCUUUUGGGCAAGGCCCUCAGGUACCUGUACUCCCAUUGCUGGCAGCCGGCCGUCUUCGGUGAUUCCGACUCCCUCGGCCCUCACGGCGUCUCUGCCGCGACCGUCGGCGUCUCGGCUCUCGCCCAAGACCUGCUCAGCUUCGACAUCACCUCCAAGGUUCCUGAGGGGCUAAGCAGCCAUGUAGUUUCUUCCAGGAAAGCUCAAGCUAGUUGGUAUAGAAAGCUAUCAGUGGCAUGGAGAGAAUCAAAUCCACCUCCAAAAACACCUGAAGAAGCAUCAAGGCUUGUUGUCCAGACCCUGAAGAAACACCACAAGGCUGAUGUUGAGGGUUUAUUGGCAUUCUAUGGCCUACCUCUUGCUCCCACCUUGGUUGAGACCACAGCCGAAGUUCCAGCAGCAUUGCCUCAAGGAGUGAAGUUUGAGUUUCACACACUUCCAGUGGAUGCAAGAUGUGUGACAGAUGGGGACGGCAUCACCGUGUACGUUAGCACUUCCGAUCCGAGAGAAUCAUGCUUGGUCCCACAAGAAGUCCAGAUCGCAGUCGUCGAAAGAUCAGAAGCACGUGCUCAGAGGGACUUCACUCGUGCAGAUGCACUGCACAAAAGUAUUGUGGACACAGGAUAUCGGGUGAUAAAUGUUCAGAAUGAGGAAGUCCUUGCUCGGAAGUACCGAAUUCGGCUCAGGGGGAUAGAUGCUCCAGAGGGUGAGAUGCCAUAUGGCAAAGAGGCUAAGGACGAGCUUGCAAAGAUUGUUGAAGGAAAGUGUUUGAGAGUUCUUGUGUAUGGAGAAGAUCGAUAUGGCCGGAGCGUAGGAGAUGUAUACUGCAAGGGCAACUUUGUACAGUUCCAAUUUUUCCUGGACAAUUCCUCAAUUUAUUUCCACCUCCAACCACAGGAGUUGAUGCUCAAGAAAGGGAUGGCGUGGCAUUACACAGCCUACGACAAACGUGCAGAGCUUGCAAAGUGGGAGAAGAAUGCACGGGCAAGGCGCGUAGGUUUGUGGGCUUCACCAAAUCCUGAGGAGCCAUGGGAAUGGAGGAAGAAUAAACGAGAGGGGAGAUGACUUCACCCGAAUCUGAUUCAGCCUUUGGCAUUCUGGGGAAAUGCAGCUGGCCAAGUGGUGAUGUACUGGGACUACAAUCUACUCGUAGCUUUCCGACUGAUAUAGAGAAGAAUGUGCUUUAUCAUCUGGUGUGUGUAUGCUAAUCUAGUGCAAAAGCUCGAACAGCCUUAGCCAAACCAUCAUGUAAAGAACAGUGAAGGAUCUAAUGUACGAAGGUCUGUUUGUUCAA